GGGGCUGGGAGGGCGCCUGGAUCCCGAGAGCCGCGCGGGUGGCCGGCUGGCAGGAGGGGCCGGGGUCAAAGGUGGAAGGCUACGGGCUGGCGGGGAGAGGAGGAGGCCUGGACCGGGUUCGGAGAGAGGAAGGACACCAUUCGUGCGGGACCGUGAGCAGGAUGGACGCCCGGCCCGGGCGGGUGGUUGCAGCCGCAGGGAGGGCUGCUGAGAGCGGGCGGCUCAAUUUCGGGAUCCCAGGCUCCUGGCCAGAAGCUGGAGGGGGCUUGGCCAACACGAGCACAAAACGACUCAACGGUGCUUUCUGGCUCUGAGAUUUAAAAAAAUGUCUGCAGACGACAGAGGCAUCCGGGUUACCCAGAACAAGGAGAGAGCCCGAGAGACUCCAGGUCAUGGGCAUUCUUGUCAAGAAAUGCUCUCUGAGUCAGAGGGGCCAGUGCCUCUAGGAGAGGCCCGGGAGUCACCCCGCAUCAAGGUGGAGCCAGAGGAGCCACACCCUGAAGGGGUGUCGCCGGAGACCAGAGCUCAAGGAGCACAGGGCUGGGUGCCCCUAAGCCAGGGCGCUAAGGAGAAAGUGUGUUUCCUGCCUAGAGGAGCCCCCCCAGCCCCCCAGAUCCCUGUGCUCUCCCGCGAGGGGAGGACCAGAGACCGGCAGAUGGCCACGGCGCUCCUCACUGCCUGGUCCCAGAUGCCGGUGACCUUUGAGGACAUGGCUCUGUACCUCUCCAGGGAGGAAUGGGGACGGCUGGACCACACCCAGCAGAGCUUCUACAGGGAGGUCCUGCAGAAAAGGAGUGGGCUGUCCUUGGCAGGGUUUCCCUUCAACAGACCUUUCUGGGCCUCUCAAGUGCAGGGCAAGGGCGAGGCCCCGGGCUCCAGCAGGCAGUUGGGACGUGAGGAGGAGAAAAGAGGAGUGGUAGAGGCAGACAAGGAGGAGCUGGCUGCAUCCCUGGGAGCCCUUGGCGAUGCAAAGGCCUUCAAAAGUCCUUCCUGCAGAGUGGGAAGAGCCCAGGGGGAGGCCCCGCGGUGCAGGCAGCGAGCAUCCAGCGGUCAGAACUCAGGGCCAGCCAAGGACGAUGUGCAGCCCUGUCCCGUGGAGGAGGCACAGCCGGAAUCAGCCCCGCCUGAUACCGACCUCCCGAAAACCCAGGAGGGCCACUUCCCAGAGCAGCCCAGAGAAGGGGAGACGGCCGCCCCCGAGAGCAGCGAGGAGGGCCUGGCGCUGGACAGCGAGGCGGGCAAGAAGACCUACAAGUGCGAGCAGUGCGGCAAGGCCUUCAGCUGGCACUCACACCUGGUGACGCACCGGCGCACGCACACGGGCGAGAAGCCCUACGCUUGCACGGACUGCGGCAAGCGCUUCGGCCGCAGCUCGCACCUGAUCCAGCACCAGAUCAUCCACACGGGCGAGAAGCCCUACACCUGCCCGUCCUGCUGGAAGAGCUUCAGCCACCACUCGACGCUGAUCCAGCACCAGCGCAUCCACACGGGCGAGAAGCCCUACGUGUGCGACCGCUGCGCCAAGCGCUUCACCCGCCGCUCGGACCUGGUCACCCACCAGGGCACCCACACGGGCGCCAAGCCGCACAAGUGCCCCAUCUGUGGCAAGUGCUUCACGCAGAGCUCGGCCCUGGUCACCCACCAGCGCACCCACACCGGGGUCAAGCCCUACCCAUGCCCAGAGUGCGGUAAGUGCUUCAGCCAGCGAUCCAACCUCAUUGCGCACAACCGCACGCACACCGGCGAGAAGCCCUACCACUGCCUCGACUGCGGCAAGAGCUUCAGCCACAGCUCGCACCUCACCGCCCACCAGCGCACCCACCGCGGCGUCCGGCCCUACUCCUGCCCACUGUGCGGCAAGAGCUUUAGCCGGCGUUCCAACCUGCAUCGGCACGAGAAGAUCCACACGGCGGGGCCCAAGGCCCUGGCCAUGCUGAUGCUGGGGGCGGCCGGGGCUCUGGCAGCACCCCCACCUCCCCCUACCUAGGAGGCUGGGAGGGAGGGGCCGGGGCAUCUGCUGUGGGGGUGUGACCUGGGAGACCCAGGAAGGGAGGCAGGGAGGUGCUGGCAUGGGGGUGGCAACACGGGAGGAGCUCAGAUGAGGACCAGGCAUGCUCGCCGCAAAUU